CCCGUGUGUUUUAUCCUUUUUAUCAUCACUACAUGGGCCUGUGACUCGCUCCCGGGGCCCCCCGCUGCCAUAUUGUGUCCCCCCGAGGAGCCGUGCCCAAGGGAUGCUGGAGAAACGAUUGACCUGAGGAGACGGGCAUACCGUAACCCAAGCGGGCGCCGGGACCCCGAACUGUUUUUAGAACCCCCCCCCCUUCGAAGAAUCGUUCUGUUUUUUAAAUAAAGGGGGCGAUCGGUUGCUUGUCUGGGGCCAGCGGGGGUCUUGAUGGUUUUUGUCCUCUGUCUGGCUUUUAUAACGUAAAGUGAAGGAGGAGCACCACCAUGUCGGGGAGGCCGAGAACCACUUCCUUCGCGGAGAGCUGCAAGCCCGUUCAACAGCCGUCAUCUUUUGGCAGCAUGAAAGUGAGCCGAGACAAGGACGGCAGCAAAGUUACCACUGUAGUCGCCACCCCAGGCCAGGGUCCCGACCGGCAGCAAGAGGUCAGCUACUCGGACACCAAGGUGAUCGGGAAUGGCUCCUUCGGCGUGGUCUACCAGGCCAAACUCUGCGACUCGGGGGAACUGGUGGCAAUCAAAAAGGUUCUGCAGGACAAACGGUUCAAGAACCGAGAGCUGCAGAUAAUGAGGAAGCUGGAUCACUGCAAUAUUGUCAGGCUUCGCUAUUUCUUCUAUUCCAGCGGAGAGAAGAAAGAUGAGGUGUAUCUAAACCUGGUGCUGGAUUAUGUCCCCGAAACGGUGUACAGAGUGGCCAGACAUUACAGCCGGGCCAAGCAGGCCCUUCCUAUGAUCUACGUCAAAUUGUACAUGUAUCAGCUGUUCCGCAGUUUAGCCUAUAUCCAUUCCUUUGGGAUCUGCCACCGGGAUAUCAAACCACAAAACCUGCUGCUGGACCCCGAGACAGCCGUGCUAAAGCUCUGCGACUUCGGCAGUGCGAAGCAGCUGGUCCGCGGGGAACCCAAUGUCUCCUACAUCUGCUCUCGGUACUAUAGAGCUCCGGAGUUGAUCUUUGGAGCCACUGAUUAUACCUCCAGCAUAGAUGUCUGGUCAGCGGGCUGUGUGCUGGCCGAGCUGCUCCUGGGUCAGCCAAUUUUCCCCGGUGACAGCGGAGUGGACCAGCUAGUGGAGAUCAUCAAGGUCCUGGGCACACCGACACGGGAGCAGAUCCGAGAAAUGAACCCCAACUACACAGAGUUCAAGUUCCCCCAGAUAAAGGCACACCCCUGGACUAAGGGUUGUGUAUUUUUGCAGGUCUUCAGGGCUCGUACGCCACCAGAGGCGAUUGCGCUGUGCAGCCGGCUACUGGAAUAUACCCCCACCGCCCGCCUCACCCCCUUGGAUGCCUGCGCACACUCCUUCUUCGAUGAGCUCCGGGACCCCAACCCCAAGCUUCCCAAUGGCCGUGAUUUUCCUGCACUCUUCAACUUUACCACUCAAGAACUGUCUAGCAACCCCUCGCUGUCAUCUAUACUCAUCCCACCACACGCUCGAAACCAGGCCUCUGUGUCUACGCCCACGAACGCCACAGCGACAUCAGAUUCAAAUCCUGGGGAUCGCGGGCCGACCAACAAUGCAGCGUCAGCAUCAGCCUCCAACUCCUCCUGAGCCAAUAGCAAAGCAUGUUCUGCGCACGGGGCGAGAAGGAAAACGGGCAAAGUAGCAAGAGGGUGGGGGGGGAACGAGAGAACGGGGUGGAGAGCGCACACACCACACCCCUAUCCCUGGACUCUCCCGCUAGACACUGGCCACAUCUAUCAAGGAAAAAAUAUAUAUAUAUAUACAUAACUGUAAAGACACGCCAUCCUGUCAAUUUUAGUGGUUCAGUUUUUUUUUUAUUAUUAUAAUUAUUAUUGUUGUUGUUAUUUAACCUUGUAAAAUAUCUAUAAAUACAGGUUUUUCUUUUCCUUUU